GUGGUGGGGGAACGGCAUGGGGAAAUGUUGGUCUCGACCAGACCAUCGGAUACACCCGGAUCUGAAGGAAGACGCAACAGCGCUGGACUUUGUAAAGAAAGACAGUCAAAUUGAAGAGCAUCCGGUACCAAAUGAUUUAGGGGGUUGCAGCGAGGAGGACAAACUACAUGUUAAAGUUGCUGCGCUUCAAGAAGUAGGACACGAGAAGAGUUCUGGCUUUGUAGAUGUGGCUACUCCCUCGCUCAUUUCAAUCGAGACUUCGACCCCUGUUUGUCUGCAAUCGGACGUUCAGGCAGGAUCAACGAGACUCUCGGUCUUGAAUGAAGAUGGCAGACAUCUUCAAGACGGAAGACAUCUCGAUCAAAACCUAGCAGGUCAAGGGAAAUUUCCCUCCCUUUACUUCGAUUCGUCGACGCUAUCAGAUGAUUGCCACAGAAAACAGAAUGAUAUACAACAAGCGCCCACAGGCAUCGUCACAUGCCAAUCCACACACAGGCCCAUCGUCCCAGAUACUUCCGAAUCAAAGGCAAGAAGCGUACCAAGUCAACCUUCCGUCAGUGAGCUCAAAACAAACAGCUCAAAUAGAAACAAAGAAAAUCUCGAUCGACAAAAUGUGAAAAGGCUCGCAUCCAGUGAUAGAUCAUCAUUUAAAAGAUCGGACAGCUCGUCUAGUACGAAUUCCAAAAAAGCCGCUCAACACAAACCUGGCAAGUAUGAUCCUAUUGCACACGAUGGUACAUAGAAAAUUGCCACCGAGUGAACUAUUUGAUGUAUGUUUUUGUUGUCUGCACAGUGAAUCGAGAAAUUAGCCACGUU